GUUUUUGGUUCUGCGUUCGCGGAUACUUUCAAGUGAGUCUUAUCUACAAUAGCGCAGAACAUUGGCAUGCGAGGCGGGAAUUUUUUUGGUUACCUGAUUUCAUUCAGGUUAUAAGUCGUCCUUGUUCAUAAAGAAAAAUUUGGUAACACCUCUAAUUUUUGUAAUUAAUGUAAACUUUCUUUCUUCACAUAGCUCACAAGUUUCAGUUGGUACUACUGCAGUGAGUAAAACAGAAGCAGCUGGUGAUGUGAAUAAUCUCUGUGUGCUUUAUGGUUUGUUAUUCCUUGAAGCAGUUGAUAGCUGUUUGAAAACUUCAGCAAAAGAACUCCGUAUCUUUAAAAAUUUAACGAGGAGAAACGGUUUAGCUCAGUUUACUUUAAUCCAAGAAAAAUAUUUUCAAAUAUAUUCAAACAGGCUUUAGUAUUGGAAUCUGUAUAGUCGCUGCAGUCGGUAGUUCAUCUCCCGAAAUGAGUUUUUGAGAGUCUGCUAUAAUGCGCCGCUCAAUCUUAGUCAUAAAAACGUAAUUUAUUAGAUUAGCUCACCAAUCCAAGGUACUCUUACAACAGAAUAGGCAGAAGUAGAAUUAAGUAAUGUCUAGGAAUAGAGCUUUAUCCAGCUUUAUGAACACUUUAUGAACACUCGAACUACUUGAUGCACAUCGUUAGUGGUUAGAAGUAGAACAACUGGCAAUUCCUGUAGAGGCAGCACAAGACUUUACCACAUUAAAACGCUUUACUGAUUUUUGAGGAUAUGAUUGAACUAUAUUGAUGAAAGGCGGAAGAGGUGAACAUUGCGGGAUUAAGAGAGGUUGUGCAUCAACGAAAACAGUCAGUCGUGAGUUCUUACAAGAGGGAUUCGUACUCGGCAAUAUUUGAUUUGGUAUUGAAUUCCACAAUGAUCGAGAAUUUCCAAAGGACAAACAUGCGGGUUCUAUAAUGAGUUGCCAAAUGCGAAAUUUUACUACUAAUAGUUACUAUUAGAAAAAAUAAUCAAAUUAAUUGUAUAAUCCCGGAGAGAUUUUUUCUGUGGUUAUAGAAGAAAGGCCUCUCUGUCCAUUUUUGCGUGGACCGAAGUAAACCAUAAUUUAAUAGAUCAAUAUAUACACAUUUCUCUGUUCUAUCCGAACGUGCUCGUUAUCAUUUGGCAAAUUUUUUCGACUAUUGAUUGUCGUUAACACUUACAGCGUAGUCAAUCAUCGUGUUAUUUUCAAGUUCAGAUCAGGAAGGCUUACAUUUUGUUAGUAUAUUUCAGAACUUGGUUCGUACAAAACAUCAAUAAUACUCUGCGAAAAAUUAUCCUAUCUUUGAACGACGAUAAUAUUUUUCACAUUCCCUUCUUUCCGCACAGUUUAAUAUGCUGAAAAAGAUGCCUUCCAAAAACUUUCUUUAGCUUUAAUAAAAAUAUUUCUGUUUUUUGAGAAAAUCACAUACUGCAUACUUCUAAUGUAUAUAUUGUAUAUAAUCAUUUUGUGGGCCUGAAGCGAUUCCCACAAUGAUUUUUAUCAUCGAUCUUCAGUUACACCUUUGUCAACAUUAUAUACAAGUUGAAGAUUGAAUAAUGUCAAACACGAUUUUAAAUAUAGGUUUGUGAAUAUAAAAGCAUAAAUUUUAGUGCUGAAAUUCUGCAAUCGACAUUUCAACUAGAACAGCGGCAUUCGUGAUAUUGAUCUAUGUAUAUAUCGGUAUAAUGCCUGUUGCAUGACGUACAUCUGCAAGCGGCUCCGAGUUCAUCGUAAUCUACUAUAGCGCAGUACUAAAAAUAAUAUAUAAGAGUAAUAAAGGUCAUAUCAGUAAUACUGAGCAAUGUAAUUUUAGUUACAAGCGUUCGCUUUUGGCAAAGGCGUAGUGUUGCUAAUGCGCCAUGUAUUUUAUUAUCACUUAUAAUUUAAAAGUUUUUUUUUCCAAUAGAACCCGUGUACAUAAAUUCUCUAAGCUCCCGCCUAUUGGUGUCUUUGGACCUUCCUCCUCGCCUAGAUCGUCUGCUGUGUUGUUAUUUGAUUACAAACCUUUCGCUAGCCGUGAAUGCUUUUCUUACAAUCAGUUUCCGUACCAAAUGAAACGAGGUUUCUACUAAAUCCGUCAGCUCUAACCAAUCAUUGAUUUGUUUGUGUCGUGUGCGACUCCUGUAUACUUUGCAAAUAGAAAUAGAUACAAUCAACGAACGUGCGUGGUAAUGUGUGGUUCUUUUUCGGCGAACGUACCCACCUUAAGGCCUCUAUCUGAGCCGAGAUAUAUAUAAACAAUUUGUAUGUAAUUCUGUCGUUGUCUGGCACUUAACUGCUUCAAAGUCGGGGCCAAACGACGGCCACCGGCUAGAGUUUCUGGGAGAAAAGAAUUAUCCAGUUUUUCCUGCUGUUUAUUCGUCUAUCACAGUUACAUUAGCUCACUAGCCGCUUGAGUUUCUUAUGUCUCUGACAACCUAGCAUGGCAAUGAACGUCGAAGAUCAAGAAGAAUGUCUGUCAACGAAGAGCGCUCUACUAGCGAUUGCGGUUAUCUUUGGUCUAUCAUGCCUAGGCUUAUUUACCGUGUACUUGAGUUUCCCAGAAAUGCGGCCCGAGGAGCAACCUUACGUGAAACUGCCGACGAGCCUUGAAGAUGCAAAAAAUUUAGGCCGAGUGCUGUCACGCUAUACGGACGACCAUUUCGCCGCCGUGGUGUUAGCUUUUUUCUGCACCUAUAUCUUCCUGCAGUCAUUUGCCAUUCCAGGAUCGAUAUUUCUUUCUUUUUUAUCUGGAUUUCUUUUCCCAUUCCUAUUAGCCAUCUUUCUCGUUUGUCUCUGCUCGGCCAUUGGCGCCUCUCUCAGUUACCUGAUCUCGUACAGCGUUGGUAGUCGACUAAUAUUGGCUUGGAUACCUGACAAGUUGGCCAAAUGGAAGCAGCAGGUAGCGAAACAAAAGGGUAAUAUGGUCUAUUACAUUAUCUUUUUGCGGAUUACGCCCUUUCUGCCUAACUGGUUCAUCAAUCUCGCGUCACCAAUCGUCGAUGUCCAUAUCGUGCCGUUCUUUAUUGGCACUUUUAUUGGUGUGGCGCCCCCAUCGAUUCUGGCAAUUCGAGCUGGAAUUUCGUUACAGCAGCUGGCCUCAGCGAACGUGUUGUUAACGUGGGAGAACAUUGGUCUGCUCACUGGUUUCGCCGCUUUCUCGCUCCUGCCUGUCCUGCUAAAAGGAAAAUUGAAGAAUAAAUUUGAGUAGACAUACCUAAGUUGAGGAUGAUGAAAGCAACGUUUCUUCGCGGAAAAUUCGUUUGCGAAGUGAGAUAAAAAGACAUCGAGUUGUUAAGACUUAGAAAAAUCUUAUUUAACUAAUAACUCUAAUUUAAUAAGAGUUACCUUGAGCGUGUAUCGCUUUAGCUCUCUCUAGGAAAAGCACUACUAUAAUGAAGCGUGAACCUCUGGUACCGAUGAAAAAGGCAGAUGUGUUAUAAAAAUACUGCGUAUGCCUAGCGGAAAAACAGGUGGAUCAAAGCGGUAGUGUGAAAUAACUUUAAAUAGGUUCCAAAAAUGAAUAAACAGACUGGCGGAUGCAUGAACUGUGGACGAGACUGUGUAUAUGCACGAAAAUAUACGUGUGACUGUAGGCGGAGAAAUAUAUAGGACAAUCACGGCAUGGUUAUUAUUAUCGCUCUAUUUCGGGCACGAUAUUAUGUGUAAGUGGAAAAAAAGUAUGUGUAAGAAAGUAAAUACAUAAAAAAGACACAUAGUAGAUCGAUAAGUGUUGUUGCUACCACUAUGUGCAGAUAUUCAGUGGGAUACAUUCAAUUUUAGAGAAAAAUAUUAACAGCACAUACAAUUAUUUCAGGUCAUGUGUAUUAAAAUAAUGUGUUUGUAGGGGAUGGGGAUAAGACAGGGUGUAUAGAACAUCAGAUUAAUGAGCUCUCUACUUGAUUGAAAGGUCUAUUAAUUAAUUGUUGGCUAACAUUCCAAGGAAACAACUCAGGCGAGAUAGUUCUAUCAUAAUUCUUUACUCACAAAGUGGCAAGAAUAAAUCAAUGCCUUUUGGUUUUACCGAAAGUGUUUUUCUGCCAUAUUUAUAGUCAUAAAACAGGUUGGAAUACCAAAUACGUUUAUUUGGAUACAAGUUGUUAUUGGUUUUGAUGAUGAAAUCAAAUUUUUUAAUACGGUGGCAAAGUAAGGUAAGGCCACACAUAAAAUUAUUUCAAUUGUUGUUGUUGUUGUUUAACCUAAGAAAUAUCAUGCUCUCUGGUAAGCCUCAAUUAUUGGUAAGUAAAUGAUAUUCAGUUUAAACAUUUCAGAACAAAAGUAUGCUAUAUUUAGAUGCAAUAGUUAAGAACCAUGUGAUAAAUGGAUGAAAACAGCAAUGAAUAAUAAUGUAUUUAUUUAACAAAUAAACGAAAAUCGUGCAAAUAGUUGGAUAUAUUUUUCUUAAUCAAUCCAUGUCGAUUCAGAUACCUGUCUAGGGCCAAGACAAUAUACCCUAGCGAUACAAUGGGUGUACGGACUACUAUCACUUGUGUUUAUCUAGUGACUGGUUCAACGCUGGAAAAGUUUGUGAAGAACAAAUGAUAUCGAAAUCGACGGAUAAAUCAUGUGAUCAAUGAAAUGAGUACCAAUGGUCAUAUAUAAUAAUACUUCAUUAAUUUUCGUAAAAAUCAGCCCCAGCGAUGCUGAAACCCGCGAAUAGUUUGGUUUGAUUUUGCCAUCGACGUCUCCGUGUUGUGGAUUUGGAAUACGCGUAACUUGGUGAACAGACACAUGCAAGUACAUUUAUAACUAGCUAGAAAAGUUUCGUUGCUACUUGAAUAGAUUGUCCUUACUAUAUGGGCGUUGGAUGCUCAUUCAAUGAGAAAUGCAUAGUUACAUAUUGUUUGAUUACUUGAUAAUUUAUGAAUAUGUUAUCUUUUUUUUUUCGCUUGAACAGCAUUUUGUUUUAUUCACGGACCGAAAAUUAUUAAGAAGAAGAAGAAUUAUCUUUUGAAAUAUAGUCCUAACAUUUUGUGCAUCAGGUAUUCUCGGAGAAAUUGUCCGUUCAAAACGUAAACGGCUAUUCGCAUAUAUAUAUAUAUAUAUAUAUAUAUACAUAAGCCCAUUGACAUUAGAUGUAUUUUUAUAUAAAGUGUAGAACAGAAGACUAACUUGUUAUAGACAUGUAUAAUUUUAUAUUUUUCUUAAUAUAAACGGCACAUCCAGCCUUGCGUCAUAUACAUAUUUUGAAAAUUACCGAUAACGAAUAUUGGAUGUUCCUGAGUGAUAAAUAAGUAUCCAGCUUUCAUAUAACGAUUCAGAUGUAAGUAAGAAACAAAUCAAGGAUAACAGUUUAUCCCGAAUAAUCAAACUAAAAGAGGAAACUUUCGUGCCAUUGGCGUUAGGUUAACAAGAUUAUAACAUUACAAUUGCUCGCAAUCAAUCAAUGGCAUGUGUGUAAUAUGAAUUGUCAGACUCCUUUGAAUCUGAAAACAUCGUCACUUCGGUAUCACUCUAGCCCAAUAUUUACAAACAUAUGUACAACUGAUACCGGUUAAACGUACUUUUUGUUUAUGAUUGAAAAAUGAAUUAAACUAUUACAUAUUAUAUAUGUACAAGUUGAUGUUAGUCUCAUUGUUAUAUGAAUAGUAAUGUGAUUGACUUCAGGGGCACUUUUGUAACAGGUGCAGGAAUAUCCCUUUUGGUCGCCCCGGAGCCGAUAGCCGUGAACCUCGCGGGACAAUUUUUAUCCAUUUUGCUUAUGUACUCGUUUCUAUUUUCUUCAUCGAUGUAAGCUACAUCUUCGACAAAAAUUAUAUGAAACUAGCCCAAUUUGCGUUACUACGUUUAAUUUUGUUUACCACAUUUGGAGCUGCUAGCUAACAAAUAAUGCCGUAGACAAAAGCGUCUAUACUAUAACAUCUGGAUCGUUCAAAAAUUGUACCGUUUAUGAAAACUGUAUAUAGAUGUUUAUGUAAAAUGGAGGCUAUAUGGGCUGCUCUGUUCUUUAAACAAGAAAGUGCUAAACAGUUACGUUAUCAAAGUUGUUUUUAAGAUGUGUACAGCUCAAAAAUGUAUUCCGAGCAAAUUUUUGAAGGUGGAGGCAUCGAGAACAGCUAAGGAACUUUGUUUCAUAUUCUAUCGAACGUUUGUGCAUACUAUGCAUCGAUUCACACUAUACGAACACAUUGGGAUUUUAUAAGAGUAAAUAAUACGGCCUACAGCAUUUCUAGCGUGUGACGAGCUCAAUGUCGUCGAUUGCUGAUUUGAUAGAGAAACUGGACAAACUAACUUGCUCCAAAAUGCAACUUAGCUCAGACGUUUGUGUAUCGAAUUCAAGUUGAGGUUUUAUAUUGGGCAGCAAACUCCCACAACUGGAUCAUUCAAUCCCACUCUGUCAGACUGUACGGACUAAUGGCAUAGGGUUUUUAAUUACUAUUUCUUCGAAAAUUGAUCAAUUGUGGUCAAUCCCGUAGGUAAGGGAGAGGAAAUUCUGGCAAAAAAACACUGGUACCUUUUCCGUGGCAACGGCUGUUCUUAACGGCCACGUUGCUUACUUCUUGGCCAUAGAGCCCUAUGCUACGUACAGUACAGGUUUUCAUUAAAAUAUUUUUACCCUAUAGUAUCUAUGUAACAAGAGCAUUUUGUCCACAUCCACAGGGUGACACUAAAAGCUACCUCGCAUUGUUUCAUUUGUGCAGUUAUAAACGGUGUUUUUGUGAUACAUCGCACAUUCGAGAUACGACGAUGUCCACGCUUUGCAAUAGGUUUGACAUUUCUUUUUAUCAUUGUUUUAGCUGCACAAAUGAUUGAGUUCGACCUGCGUUUGUUUCACAAGUGGAGAUUGUUUUCCUUCGCUUUCAUUACAAGUGCCUUCUGUUAUGCCGACACGGAUAUUUUUGUCUAACCCCGAGGAAGCCAGUCUGGCUUUUAGCCCUAACUGUGGUCGACGCAAAAGGAUAUUUCGUCAGCUUUUUUUUUUAAAAUAGUAUCCUGUACUGCAAUAUAUUAGGAUGGGCGUAUUAU